GUUUCUACAUCUCAUCUCAUUUGCUUUGGUUUGUUUGCUGCCACCAUCGCACGCACCCUUUGCACAUUUCUCCUACGCCAAACAAAUCCAAAAGUCAAAACUACCCCUACCCACCAUGGACGUAGGAGUCGCCGACGAUCAUUCCCCGGAAGCCACAAUAUCGCGGUGGAAAUUUUCGGUGUCGCGGCAGUACCAGCACAUGCUGGACAAAACGACGCCGCACGUCCUCCGCCGCUGGAUCGGGUGUCUGGUGGUGGCUGCCGUCUACGUCCUCCGCGUGUACUUGGUUCAAGGCUUUUACAUCGUCUCCUACGCCCUCGGUAUUUACAUCCUCAACCUCCUCAUCGGCUUCCUCUCCCCUCAGGUCGAUCCCGAGAUUCAUGACGGCCCCACCCUCCCCACCAGAGGAUCCGAUGAGUUUCGCCCCUUCGUUCGCCGCCUCCCGGAGUUCAAGUUCUGGUACUCGAUCACAAAGGCGUUUUGCAUUGCAUUUGUGAUGACUUUCUUUAGUGCCUUUGAUGUUCCAGUAUUCUGGCCGAUACUCCUUUUCUACUGGGUGGUCCUUUUCACACUUACAAUGAGGAGACAGAUUUCACACAUGAUCAAAUAUAAAUAUGUUCCAUUCUCAUUUGGGAAACAGCGCUAUGAUGGAAAGAGAGCACCAGCAGAUAGCACAAGUCCAACCGCGGACUGAAAUUUUCAGUUUAAUUGAACUUUAUUUGCUACAUUUAAGUCACAAUCCCAAAUGUGGCUUGAUACCAUCUACAGUAUUUGCUACAAUUAACAGCUGGAGCAACCUGAGGAUUUGGUGGCUGUGGAAGAUUGCUUUGAGGUCUAGCAUGGACGUAUGACAUCUGGAUGUUCAACUCCCUAUUGAGCAACUGUUUGGACAUCUUCAAUGUUUCUACUCCCUGGUAGAUGCUUUAGUCUUGGGGAGAUGUUGGGGGCUCUCUCUUUCAUCUCCCUUCUCGUGAAAUCCUUUUUCUUUUCUUUUUCUUUAUAGGUAGUCAAAUGCUAAACUCUUAUUGCUGAAUUCUAGUUAAAUAACGAGAAUUUAAGACGCCUUUGCUAAAGGAAUCCCCUUCAUUAUUUGCAAUGGGGUGUUAACUCUUUUUCCAUUGUAUUUUUUUUCUUCUAAUCAUGCGAUUUUCAGGAACUCAUUUUUUUCUAUAAAUGUGCUUAUGCAAUACUA